UUGAUCAAUCGGUGAGUGACGCGCAUAGGACAAUCCGCUCGUCAGGUAUAUAAAGGUAUCCACCAAAAAGCAAGAGCAUCAUUCACUCCCAGUUCAACACACGAGCUGAUCUCCAAAGAUCUACCAAACCUAUCAACAAUGAAGUGCUUCGUUGCUAUCGUUCUCUUGGCUCUGUUCGCUGUAGCAUUCGCUGCAGAGAAACCAGCAGAACCUGAAAAGAUUGAACAGCUGUCAAACGCAGAAGCUGCGGAGGCACCAAGAGACAAGAGAGGCCUAUUGCUGAGCUACACUGCACCAGUUGCACCAGUUGCACCAGUUGCAUACACUUCUUAUGCUGCGGCACCAAUUACCUACAGUGCUAGUUACAGCCUGCCCUAUGCCUACCGCUCGUACCCUUACUACUACAACUCUUACUAUCUGGGUUAAAUCACAUGUCUUAAAGCCAGCGCCAUGGGAUGUUCGUAAUUAAGACUAAGGAAACGAUAAUGGCAAUUGCAAGGAUUUUUAACUGAAUCGUUUACGCUACAUUAGUUUAAGUAAGCCCAGAAUAAAAGCUAAACAAAAUUUGUUCCGAUGUUAACAUUCAGUGCGCUCACCACUAUUUUUGGAUGUAAUUUUCAAUGUACACGUGUUUCGGCAUACUCAUGUUAAAUACGAUACUUUGUUGUAUGUUACAAUGUUAAAUACAGAAUACAAUUCAAUUUA